AUGAAAAUCGAACUUUGCGUGUUUAGUGGGUAUAAAAUAUACCCGGGCCAUGGAAAAAGAGUCGUCAAAGUUGACGGCAAGUCCUACCAAUUUUUGAAUGGAAAGUGUUCCAAAGCCCAUUUAGUGAAGAGGAACCCAAGGAAAGUGCACUGGACUGUACUUUAUCGUCGUAAGCACAAGAAAGGUUUGACUGAGGAAGUAACUAAAAAGCGUACACGUAAAACGACAAAAUUUCAACGUGCUAUCACUGGGGCCAGUUUAUCUGAUAUCAUCGCCAAGAGAAAUCAGAAACCAGAGGUGAGACAAGCACAAAGAGAACAGGCAAUUAGAGCUGCAAAAGAAAAAGCCAAGGCUAAGGAAGCACAAAAGAAAGCUACCAAGCCUGCUCAAACAAAAGCUGCACCAAAGCCAAAAGUAGCAAAACAAGUUCCGAAAUCACAGCCCAGAGUCGGUGGAAAGCGUUAA